AUGUUGUGUACAUUUCGCCUUGUAAAAAUCCUCAUCUUCGCGUUUCUGAUGGAGCUUGUCACAGCUAUUGAUCAAUGCAGGACAGAAGUAAGCAUUCAAGGUAUGGCUCUCAAGCUUUCCGUCUUCAAAAGAUGGUCAUUGGCGGCUCCUCACCUCUGCGAUAUCAAAUGUGAACAAGAAAUCGGGUGCCAAAGCUAUAACUACAACAGAAAAUACAAAAUAUGUGAACUAAAUAACCGCACUAAGGAGGCAAGACCACAGAAUUUUCUUUCAGCCCCUUCAUGGUUUUAUAUCCGACGAUUGAACGGCAGAGGUGAGAAUUAAAAAAUCUGUUUAACUUUCAGAUCUAUUUCUUCCCCUUUAACUCAAAAGUGGCUUAAACACCCCGCGGCAUAGCUCGAUAAUAAUUGCUUUUCAGGUGAAAACAGCGAAGAUUGCCUAAAAAAAUGGGCGCUAAUCCGUUUUGGCGAUAUUUUUUUGCCUCUCCUCAUCGAAUUCGCUUACGACCAAGCUUGUUUAGCCUUUCACCUAAGGAGUCUUUUCCUCUUCACAGUCUAGUUUUAUACGCAGCAGAUUGCAACAUCUCCACAUGCAACUGAAAUUAGGAGAUGUUUACGCGAUUAAAAUUAAAAAACAAGGCGGUUUUGCCGCGAAAAAUAUUUUGGGAGCCGUGAUGCAAUGAUGAAAUGUUUUAAUUGGCUGUACUCACUUUUGGGGAAUCAGAGCUAAGAUAGAAAAAACGUUUCAAUAAAUGAUAUGCGCUCGUUUUGACAUGUUACCCAACUUUUUCCUGGCAACUUUAGUUCAAGUACCAAGGCUUAGCUUCUCAUGAAGAAAAAAAUCUGUAAAAUUGGCCCUUUAAAGUUUACCGUAUUCGUAGCUUUUUUCCAUUCUUAAUCAAUUCUGUGCCUCCUUUCUUGAUUUUAAAAAGAAGAAUGAAACGUAUAUCUUUAUUGCAGCACCCUUAGGUUCUAUCCCUGAAUUACCAGCAUUGUCCUGUCACGAAAUAAAGGCAAGUGAAGGUAAAGACACCAUCAGCGGCAAGUAUUGGCUGGAUCCAAUUAGCACAGGGAAGGCAACAUUGGAUUACUGUAACAUGGUUAACGAG